AUGGUAGAAUCACUCCCAGUCAGGCCACAUCCUCUUGGCUGGGAUGCCAUGAAAGAGCAUUGGUGGCAAUUUGUAUUCAUUGGAGUGUUGCUAUUCACAGUCACCACUGGCUCUUUGUCAAUCGUAUAUUCUGGGGUAAAGAGACUUAUCAAAUACUAUAAGGGAAAGCCCGCGAGCUUCGGAGUCUAUCUGGGAAGCUUCGAAAGCCCACCUACUGCCUCUCAAGAAAGGCUUUUGCAAGAAUGGGACGUCUUGAUUGCGGAUCCCUUCCAGGCAGGUGUCGCCAAAGCUAUUUCCAGACACGAGCGCAGCCAAGUGCUAGGACGUGUUGAUUUGGAGAAAUUCCUUCCCCCAAAGCCAUCCGCCUUGGCCGUUAUCGAAAAGAUCGAGGAAUUGCUCGCAAGUGGAUUUCAUGAUACCGCAUUUUCUGGUGUCCUCCUCGCGAACUGGGAAGAUGUGCUCGGUCCUACCGCUCGAAGAAAGCUCCUCGAGACCAUCAGCAGCCUCGGCCUGGCAGUCUAUCUCGAGUCGGAGCCACCGCAUUUCUUGAAGGAUCGGAAGGCCGUGCAGAGCGAUGCCGUGUCGGGCCUAGUCAUUCGCAAUGCUAGCAUCAUGCCUCAAGGCGAAAAACGGGAUUAUUUCCAAAUGGCCGAACUACAAGCAACAAUCAAGGCAUUCGUUUCUGAGUCUUGCAUGAGAGACUUCGUCGUAAUGGCCUGGGAAACUGUUGACGAUAAUGUCACUGUUUGCAACGCCAUAGUCCGCAGAUCUAUCCAAUGGUGCGGCUUUUACAGCGCAAUUACCUGGAUCGGCCCCGAAGCUGCUCUUCGCGAUGCAGAUCUUAACCUCACGACUCUCGAACCUCUUCCCGCGUUUGGUUGGCUGAAGGAAGCGGAAAUGAUGAAGGCCCACGACACCUGGCGUACUAACCUGAACAUAUUGCCUUCCCCGGAUGACAAGGCUGGCUGGGACAUUCUCAAGCCACUUUUCCCUGAUAUUGAUGCGCUACUGGACUCAUCAGAAUACGACUCCAACGCCCCCGAUAGCCCGACUGCUCGACUGCGUGAUCCUCCAGAAUGGGUCGCACAGGUCAAGUCACAAGGCAGUCCUCUCUCUAUCUCCAUGUCAGGGAUGGCCUACAAUUCGCUUGGUUGCUUCCCUCUGGGUUCUGACUCGACUCCACUGGCCUUCGCAGAAAUUGUGCAAUCUCAACAACGUCUUAAGUCGCUCAACCUUCUUCAUCCUGUCCCAACAACCAAAAUCCAAAGCAUUGGACUCCUUCUGCGUCAAUUCUACGAUUCUCUGGAUCUUUCUGAAGAUGACGAUCAUUUGGCCAACACAAUCAAGGAGCUUGCGGACUGGGCGUCCAACGAUAUGUUGCACGUGAAUCUUUGUCUGGACUCCGGUCUGCGCAAGAGCUCUGAUCUCCGUUUUUGGGCCGUUUUCGAUAUGGAACAUGAUGGUAUCGAGAUUUAUGUCUCCAAGAAUGCACAAGGCCUGGCUGGAACUGUUCUCCACACCUUCCUCUCGGCAAAGGGAUUUCCCCGCCAUGUUUGCUUCGAGGCUGAGGCAGCCUUCGCGACCUGGUCUCAGAAUGUGUCCCACGAUACUGGCCUUCCCCGUCGAUUGAUUCAAGAUAUCGAUGUUCUCAGCCCUGAAGAGCGCCUGCUUCUCUUGCAGCACCUCUCUCUGACCGAUUCACAUAGCGAGCUAUCUGAGGUCAUCUGCACGUACAUUCGCAAGCAACUGGUCGAUGCCCCUUCCUUUGCUCAGUUGAAAGCGCUGAACACGGUUGGGUAUCUCGAGAAGUCUACCUCCGCCGAGGAUCUGAUCAGGUCUCGUAUCAACUGGUACACGGAACAAGGAUGCAAAUACCCAUCUCUUGAUGUCUGUCUUAAUCUUUUCAAUCAGGCCGACAGUGUACUCUCCGAUGUUUUGAGGUAUCGCCGCGAGAAUGACCUUGCCGCCAUUACUAGUGGUCUCUGCGCGCUGCUACAAGGUGGCUCCAUUGACGCAUAUGUGGAUAUGAUGGCUCUUGCGCUUUUCUGCGCCGCAAGACGGGGAGCCUUCGAUGAGAUUUACGCAGAAGUUACUGAUCGGAAUCCCCUAUUUAACAACCAUACCGAUCAGGCUGCCGCCUUCGCAGAGUCAUUUGCCCUGGGAUCGCGAUGUGAGGCUUACUUCGACGUGGCCCCCAGCGUUUUUGGAAAGCUGCUAUCCGACCGGUUCAGAGCUUAUUACGGAGAACACCAGCCGCCGAACUGGGUGAAUGGUGCUCCGGAGCUCGCUACAUCCUACGCCGGAGCUCAGAUUGAUGUCAAUCCUGAUGAGCAGCCUAAGACUAUGCCUGGAUACCAGCGAUUUACAUUCUUGAGUGUUUUCGCCAUUCCAGCUCUGAUUGAUAUUAUCUUGCUUACCAUGGUUGGCCGUGGGCUCUAUCUCUCUGCUGCCAUGUCUCGCGAUGAACAGGACAGUGCAACUAUGGCGCUGAUGAUCUCUCUGCUGCUUUCCGGUGCAAUUGGUACCUGGAUUGCAUGUGGUGGCCCUUACUACCUCAUUUCGAUGGCCUUCGCAGCAGCGAACAUGUUCGUUCUCAUCCGCCUAAUCGCCGGUAUCGCCUUCACUGUGGCAGGUGGCUUGAUCGGCUUUGUUGCCAUUUCAGGUGUUCGAGGCCCUCGCGCUGGUAUCAUCUUCUACCUCUACCUGAUCGCUCUGACAAUCUACUUCUCGACUUUCGCCUCGCUUGCAAGCUUCAGUUACCCCGGCUCGACCUUUUUGUCUGGUCGCAAGUCAAUUAUUAUGUGCCUUCCGAUCCUCUUCUUGUCGCCGAUCAUCACGGCCUGGACUGGCAACGACUCGGCUGUCUAUCUCACUGUUGUCUAUGUCUUUAUCGGUGUGCUCCUGCUCUCCCUUCGUUCGGUCACCUCCAAAUGGGUCACUUGGUACCAAUCCGUGCGACGUACCGAUGAUACUGAGAUCCGCAAGUGGUAUAUAUCUGCCCAUGGAAAUGAUGAUGAGAAAGUGUUCGCGAACAUGAGUGACCCGGCUGCCCUCAAGCUGGCGAGAGAAGCCCUAUCGAAGGACGUAUUGGCUGAGACAAAGCGUGGCAUUUUCUCAAAAGCAUCUAAAGAUAAAAUGGUCGUUGAGCUUGCCCGGGACUGGGAGUCUACCAAUUUCCUCCUCGACUGGUACUGUCGCUAUGCAGAUGUUCCGAGGCCGAUUCCGUUCAGUUCUGGUUGGAACAUCCAAACCAAGGUCGCACUUGACACCCUGCGCAACUCCCAGAAAGGUCUUCGUCUGCACAAUGCAUUCGUUCACUGGCGUCAAUCAAGCAAAGAGAUGGGAUGUGGUGUUCUCUACUUUGUGAUUGCGCUUCUCGAUAAAUGGGCACAACUGUUGAGUGGCGAUCGCCUUCUUGGUUACCUCCCUGAGGAUGCUAAUCGAAUGGCUGAGGUGAACGAUGCUAAUCGUAUGGCUGUUGGCUUUGCCCUUGCCUACUAUCUGAUUGGAGCGGUACUCAUUGAUACCAAAGCUCAGGAGCUCCAUGAUGCUCUUGGUAGCAAAGCCCCUCUUUCCGUCAGAUCUGCGAAAGACAUUCGCCUCGCACAGAAACAAGAGGUACAACUCCGGCGCAAGGUAUACUGGCGAGUCCUUUUCAGGUUCCUCUUAUGGCAUGUCUGGAGUCUUGCACUUGCUACUGCUCUCAUUUGGACUUUUCAAUCUUCGAUUGAAGGCAUGAUUGUUUUCUUCUCCUACGUUCUCGCCUACACUGGUUUGAUCUGGUACCAAUACACGAAGAUCUUCACGGGCCCUCAUGCGCUGAAGCCUCUCAUAAUUGGUAUCUGUAUCGGAUUGCCAGUGGGUAUCGCGCUCAAAGUCUGUCGGCCGGAUUCCCUGUAUUCGCAGAUCAUUGGACUCGGAUCUGCCACCUGGACCGUUGCCAUCCUGUCGAUCUGGAAUGCCAAAAUGGGUAUGCCGAACAAAGUGGACUCCCCGGUGGAACUUGGACGCACCUUCCAUGCGUUUACGACCCCCUGGUCGGACCCGGAAUGGUCCCAGCAAGAGCUUCAGACUUUCUUCGAAAGCUAUUCGCUGCUUCCUUCCGAUUCCCGAUUCCAGCUCAAUCCUGGUGUCCAUCCCGGUGUCGAAAUCAAGAGUGCCAUGUUGUCUCGCAGAGAAGAACUUAGGAUCGAAGAGGCGUUCCCUUGCUCCAAGGAUAUUGUCAACACUGCGAUCACAUCUUGGGAGAAGGGCGACAUUGUCAUUGAGCUUGUCUCUUCUGGUUCUCUCGGUCCCGGCAUUCGAGCUCUGAGCUGCAGUACCGGAAACCAGCUAAAGUUGGCCAUUACCGUGGGAGGGCUCCUAGACGAGCGUAUCGAUAUCAGCGCAAAUUGUCGGAUCAUUGCUGAAACAUUGCUUCAUGCUGUCACAGAGCUUAUGAUGGGUGUUCCUCAUGAAUACGCAUCAUUGGCAGGAUCGAUUGUCUCCGGUGGAGUAACUCACACAAUGGCUCGACAGCUUCGUGAGGAGGCCAACACAACUACGAUCGUACGCUGGGCUAAGAAGGAACUCCUUCGGCAGCUUUGCCUUGGUUUCGAGCCUGAUCUCCAUUGGGACAAGCUGCCAACCGAAGUUCGGGAUGUGCUGCUGAAGCGUUGCCUGGGUGAACAAUGCAGCCUCUCCAAUAGCCAACGUCAAUGGCUCCAACAAAACCUUUGCACAUUCGACACUGAUGACCUCAAUAUCCAUGUUGCCCGUUGCAACCUUGGAGCAGCCACCGCAGUUAGCGUUCUGGAUUAUGCUCACUGGGGAACUGGAGAAACUGCUCUUCCCAAAGAGCCCGAGACUUCGAAGUACAUCUCCUACAUACCUCGGAAGCUCCCGAUUGCAUUGUCGCUAGUCCGAUCACCAGCUAGCUACAUUUACCACAAGCUGGGCUCAAUGGUCAAGUUCUUUGUGGUGGCUUUGGUCGCGGACCCGGAAUUCCAGAGAGAGUUCAAUCACGUCACCCAGCCCCUUCCGACCGUUGUCCGUGUGCCAAUCGUCUUCUUAUUGAAUAUGGUCUGGGUGUAUUCCAAGAUCGUUCAAGAUUUGGGCUUGUCAUUCUUUCUCUUCCAUGGCCGCAAGAACGUCAAGCGGCUGUGGGAAGAGACCAAGGGAAUGACGAUCCAUAUCAAGAAGAGCCGGGUCAUUGUCCAGAGUCUGGACGGCACCUUUACAACCUUCAGGCACCACGAGAUUGAUGGCGGUUUCAAGAUCUACCACUACGCUGGUGAGCAUAAGACCGAGCCCAAGGAGGUCAAAUCCUUGAAGUACGUCAGCACCUAUACGGGUGACAUGUUGCUUCUGGUCAAACAGGAGUUCAAGGACGGCAAAGUGAUCAACGAAUACCACUACGACUACCGAGCCCCGACUAAGAAGGGCUUCAAACUUAGCAAAUCAUCAAACCGCAUUCCACUGGGCCGACGCUGCGUGUCAGGAGCAAACCAUCUGCAAAGCGUGCAGUAUAACCGCAAGGGUCUUAUCGAAUCGGGCUCCUACAUGAAGGAUGGCAAUCUUAUCCGCUUCAAGUACCACUAUCGCAAGAACCCCCGCUUCGGUGAUGAGUUGCUGCGAGCCGAGUUUGUAUUAUCCCACAUCAGCUGUACGGUGUCUUGGUGUGCGCCUCCGCGCCGCCAUCCCGAGAAGGUUGAGCGCUGGAUUCCUCACUCCAAGGUCACCGAGGCCAGCUUUGUCCAGGGCGCCGAUGUCUAUGAAAGUCGUUGGCUGUACGACCACAAGUUCCAUCCCACCAUCUUCACCACCAUCAACGGCCAGAAGAUGCAGACUCCGCCCAUGAUUGAGCAUGAUUAUCUGGGUGUACUGUCCAAGCCGAAGUGUACCAGCUUUGUGCAUGAUAAUCCCUUUGUCUACUGCGACAGUCUCCAGUCAAACCUUCUUACGCGGGCGCUGGGCCUCACCAAGAAACGCUUUGUUGUGUCAACUUCUCAGGCUCGCUCCUUGAUGUGGAAGGCGUGGAAAGAUCGUGCUGACUUCGAUGCAAUUAUUGUUCGCUGGAUGGACGACCGUAUUCUGCGCAGAGAUAAGGUGCUUACCCCUUACUGGCGCAGCCGUGACUGGGGCAAUCUGGCAUCUGCAAAGAAGUAUAUGGAUCUCCGCGCUGAUGCGAUCAUGGCCAGUGCAGAUCUGGACGACAACAUCUCCAGCUGGACCCCACUUGCUGUGAAGCUCACCGAUCUGCUCAACUUUGGCUCUGGGGGUGACUCUGUUGUUAACACCCGCUCCAAAAACUUUGGCACUGAUACCGACAAGACGCUCCAUGUGAUGGCGGCAGACAACGGUACCUGGCCCAAUGAAGGUGGCGGUGUCUCUGCCUGUCGACGAGACAUGAUCAACUCCCUGCGCACCAUUAAAUGGCACAUGAUCUGCGAGUCUGCGAACGAUUUUGGUCUCCCCAAGCAUCAAACUGAACAGAACAUCCAGUCUCUCAAGCUCAUCCCGCUUUGGGGUAUGGACUUCCUCACUCCAACUCACGGUUUGUUCCAUAACAAGCUGGAUGCUGAGGUGGACAAUGUUACAUCCGCGAGCGAGUUCGACAUCAAGAUGAACUUCAUUCCGAUUCUGACAGCUUUGGUUAAGGGUGCCCGUGCAGUUAAUCUCUCCAAGUCUGAUAUCCACCAGGCGACUCGGGCACUUGUGAACCUGAACACAUACUUCCAAGAAUCUCGUCAUUGGACUCAGGUGUGGAACAGUGAAAUGGUGAAGCAGAGCUGGCGCGAUUUGUGGCUUAGCCAGGAAAUGUCAAACACCAUCCCGUCAUCCGAGUGGUUUGACACUGAGCUUCCUACAUUGGCAUCUCUCGAUGUCGCCCUGGAGCUCUGGUACCGCUAUCUCUUCAUCUUCUCAAUCCCGGUUCCUGAAAAGAUUCCUUCAACCUUCCAAGCCUCACAUCACAGUGUCAGUGCCUCUUACGGUGUUGUAUGCAAGAUCAAGCGCAACUGUACCUUGCAGAUUUGGGACCACGCCAUCGCUUGGCGUGAAACCAAUCUCUGCCUGUCGUCUGCCCUGUGCAAGCUCUCGCCAUUUGUUCGAAACGCACUUCUUGGAUUGAUGAGAAUUACCUCCGUCUUGACCCUUCACCACGCAGACAUCAUCCUUCCCUGUGCAGACUUCUUCAACCCCGGUUGGGAGGUCGAGAUUGGUACCUGCCAGGGCACGAUUGAGCACCGAAACACUUUCCGCCGAAAGAUCGAUCCUGUCGUCAACGGUAUCACUGACAUGCAGAAGUUUUCUCCAGUAAAGGAAAUCAAAUCCGAGCGUCCGACUGUGACCAUGUUGUCCCACGUUUGGUAUGCCAAGGACAUCAAGACUGCCCUUCUCGCUGCGGAUAUCAUCAUCAACCAGUGGAAGUUCGACGAGUACCAUCUGGACAUCUAUGGUGCCAUUGAUAAAGCCCCGACAUACUCUACCGAGUGUCAAGAGAUCAUCGCAUCAAAGGGUCUUCGUGGUAGAGUCACACUCCGUGGAACUGCCGACCCCAUGAAGGUCCUGGAGAACACAUGGCUUUUCCUAAACUCGUCUCUGUCUGAAGGUCUCCCUCUCGCUCUAGGAGAGGCUGCUCUGACUGGAGCCCCCGUCGUCUGCACAGACGUUGGCGCUUCCCUCCGAGUACUCAGCGACCCAGAUGACUUCUCCCGCUUCAGUGCCGUCGUCGCACCAAAUGACGCACUCGCCCUAGCAAAGGCCCAAAUUGGCAUGCUUGCCAUGCUCGGCGAAUGGAGCAAACACAGCGACGACACGUCGCCCGCGCCAGUCCUGACCUCCUCCCCCACACCCGAGGAAGUAACAGCCAUCACCCGCCGCAUGUACGAAAAGAGCGAGCACCGUCGCAAACUCGGCAUGAUGACCCGCAAGAUUGUUCAGAAGUCCUUCAGCGGCGACCGGUACCUCCGAGAGCACGAGCAGAUGUUGUGGAUUGGCAAGUCCGCCAAAAUGAUGGCCAGCCGCGCUGCUGGUGACCCGAUCGAGCCCGCCGACGUGGCAGCCGCCAUCGAGACUGGCGUCGAUGAAGAGAUUAUCACCAUUCCGCGCGGCGCUGUACACUCCUGGCGCUCAUCUGCCCAGUCCGGUAUCUCCACAAUCUACAGUUCUGCAUCCCAGGUUCCUGGUCGCGGCGGCCCCCGCCGUCCCGCGUCUGAUAUCUCGGCUAUAAGCAUGAGCAAUAUCUCCACGGAUACCGAGUCCUUCGCUCGUCUGCCUGUCUUUGCGCCGAGACCUACCGUGUUGUCAGGAUCAGGAUCACUCAUGUGGACCUCUAACCAUCGGUUAUCUGUGCUAAAUGCCCGUCCUCACUCUCGUGCUCAAUCCUACUCGCGCUCCGUCUCAACUGCCGGUCGGGAACAGCUGCGUGGCCUGCAGCGUGAAGACUUCCUUCCGUACCGAAACUCGGAUGUUAGUGUUGCCAACAGAGAUGACUUCAUUCGGGCGGGCGGGCUUUCUCCUAGUCACGCGUCUUGA